CCAGUUUGGCUCAGCCCAAAUCAGUAGACCCUGCACGUGCAAGCAAGUGAAGCAAUCAUCGAUAUAUAAUACCUUAACAUUGAACAUCAACCGCCCCUCAUGCGAUUUAAACUAUCCAACUAUGUACGGCUCUUCCGGUUGAGUAGCUUUGCCGGGGAACUGCAUUUGUCAGCGAGUCUCGCUUGUCGUUUCAGACCGACAUUUAACAACGCUCUUCCUUUACUUUUCGCCCGAAAACUCGCGAUGCAGACGAGUCGAAAUGUAACCAGCAGUGGCUGUGGUGAAGAGAGCUUGGGCAGAGCAGAUCAACCGAGUCCGGGGCUUUUCAGCAGCAUUCCUACUGUCACAACCGAAGACACGGGUCCUGCGGUCGACAAGAAAAGGGUGGUUAGCACACUUGUCGCUGACGAGAGGAAGUUGAGGACCCCGAGUCCUUUGUUUGGGGCCAACGGCGAUGACGAUUCCGAGGCAGAGUCUUUCCGGGAUGGGAGGACGGAGGAGGUCGACCGGGACACCAGAGGCAGGGCGUUUGCUUGGUGUCGAGACUUUCUGUCAGGGUCGUGGAAAACCAUCGAAGAGGAUCAGUUUCAAAUCAGCAUCGUUAGUGGCGGCCUGAGUAAUCUGCUGUACCUGUGUAGUUUGCCUGACCAUGUGCACCCUGUGGGAGAGGAACCUCGCCAGGUGCUCCUCAGAAUCUAUGGUGCUAUCCUACAGGGAGUGGACUCCCUGGUCUCGGAGAGCGUCAUGUUUGCCAUCCUUGCUGAACGAACUCUUGGGCCAAAACUUUAUGGCAUCUUUCCUGAGGGACGCUUGGAACAGUACCUGCCGAAUACCCGGAUGCGCAUGGAACAACUUUCAGAUCCGGCUAUCUCAGCUGAAAUUGCCACAAAGUUGGCACGUUUUCAUGAAAUGCUUAUGCCCUUUAACAAAGAGCCUAAGUGGCUGUUUGGGACCAUUGACAAAUACAUGGAUCAAGUGAUGAAACUCAAUUUUGUACGUGAAGCACAUGUGAAGAAAUAUAAGAAGCUGAUGAAGUUGGACCUGCCUGCUGAGCUUGAGCGUCUCCGUGCCCUGCUGGCAGCGACUCCAUCCCCAGUGGUGUUCUGCCACAAUGAUGUCCAGGAAGGUAACAUUCUGUCACUGGAAGGCCGGGACCACACUUCAACGGAGAGGCUAAUGCUGAUAGACUUUGAGUACAGCAGUUACAAUUACAGGGGGUUUGACUUUGGUAACCAUUUCUGUGAGUGGAUGUAUGAUUACACUUAUGAUCAGUGGCCCUUCUACAAAGCGACACCGGAGAACUAUCCCACCAGAGAACAGCAGCUCCAUUUCAUCAAAGCGUAUUUGGCAGAACAGAGAAGGGACUCUGACAGUAUGGAGGACCAGACACAGAUCGAAGAGGACAUAAUAAUUGAAGCUAACAGGUAUGCUUUAGCAUCACACUUCCUCUGGGGGCUGUGGUCCAUCAUUCAAGCAAAGAUAUCCAAGAUUGAGUUUGGGUACAUGGACUAUGCCCAGUGUCGGUUUGAUGCCUACUUCAAGCAAAAAAAGCUGUUCUCCUGAUUUCCACCUUGUUAGCAGAAUGUAACGUCUCAUUUAGCUGUUCUCGUCCCUCUUCAUUCUCUUUUUAAUACAAUCUGAGCCUACAGGCAGUCAGUUUUGGUGAAGCACUUGUCUCUAUGGUGUAGAGCCACAGUCAGUUAAUCGGUUAGUGUGAAAGAAAAUUAGUUGCCAAAUGUGUUGGUAAUUGAUUAAUCAUUUUUCAAACAAAAAUGUCAAAUGUUUGCUGGUUCCAGCCUCUCAUAUGUGAAGAUUUGCUCCUUUUCUUUGUUAUUUAUGAAAAUAAAUGAAUAGUGUUUGCAUUUUGCACUGUUGGUUAGACAAAAGAACCAGUUUGAAGACAUCACUUUGGCAUCAAAUUAUGAUGGACGUUUUAUAGACUAAAAGAUUAAUCAAUUAAUUAUGAAAAUAAUGGGCAAAAUAAUCAGUAAUGAAAAUAAUUGUGAAUAGAGCAACCAUUAUUUAUUACGACCAAUCUUGGUUGCCAGAAUAUUACUUCUCACUUCUUUUUUUUUUAUUACUUCUUUUAACCUCAAACUGUAAAUCUUACUGUAGUAGUCAUGUUGGCAUACUAAACCAGUGGUGUUGAGCUCAUUGUGGAAGUCUUUUGUGUAUGUUUUGGUUUUUGUAUUUUUAGUUAUUCUACCUCACUCCUGCUGAUGUUCAUUAUGCAUUAUGACAUAUGGAUUCCAUGAGGGCCAGUUAUAACAGCAUGUUAAAAUAAAGAUCCAGUAAAGUUCUACAUUCAGCAAAUUAUUACAUGAGGGCUAUUUUAUAUAGCAUUACUGUAGACAGCAAUACUGCUAAUUUAACCAGAACAGCCACAAAGUGAAAGGUAUGUAAGUCAGUAAUGAUUUUGUCACCAUUUUGACAUCAGUUAUUAACUGUUUGUUCUAUAUAUUUUAUUAUCUGCCGAUAUAUUUAGCUUUUACUUAGAGUUUUUUCUGUUUUGUUUUUCUUUUUCAGAAGAAUCAUGACUUCAUCAGUCAUUGUAUUAGGUUACUAGUUAACAUAUAACUAAAAUGUUCACUUCACACGUGUAUGCAAUUACUUUUUUGCCUAAAUUAGAUGAAAUCUGUCUGAAUAAGAAGUCACUUUUUUAUUUGUUUAGAUUCCUUUAUGAUGGUUUCAUUUAUUUAGAUUGUCUUCUGUACUUGACUAAAUAUACUGUCAUCAGUUAACAUCUUCAUGUCUUUUUUUUUUUUUUUUAACACAUAGAUGCAUCAGUUUACUCAUGAGAAGAAACUAAGCGUAACUGUGCCUCAUUAACUACCUAUUGCUGUUUUCUUUAAGCAUCAUUGUCCUAGCACAGUUUGUUUCUGUUAAAACGUGUAUUAUAUUGGGCCUGUUUGCACUAAAAAUACAGAUAAUAAAUAUGCUUCAAACCUC